GUGCCGAUCGCAAAUUUAUUCACGUACAUCAGUGCGCUUCGAGAGGAUGUUCCAGAGGUCUGUCGCAUACGGUUAUUUUUCGUGGUGACAUAGUCCUACGUGACCUGACGUGACCUUGGUACUAACUGGUGAACGAGGACACUGUUAAUUUUCACAGUAACUCAUAAAUUUUCAUUCUCUUCGGUAACAAAACAUCAUAAAUAUGUCGCCGCAAGCACAAGCAGUGCCGAAGGAGAACCUGGAAACACCGUCAAGUGGAGUUAAUGCCGUUUUAUUAGGACCACCCGGUAGUGGCAAGGGCACUCAGGCUCCAUUAUUCAAAGAUAGAUAUUGUGUGUGUCAUUUGUCUACGGGCGAUAUGCUAAGAGCUGAGGUCAGCUCUGGUUCUGCCCUAGGAACUGAGAUCAAGAAAAUAAUGGAUGAGGGUAAAUUAGUCAGCGAUGACUUGGUAGUUAGUAUGAUUGAAAGCAAUUUGGACAAACCGGAGUGUAAACGCGGCUUCUUGUUAGAUGGUUUUCCUAGGAGUGUUCCUCAAGCAGAGAAACUUGAUGAAAUGCUUUGCAAGAGGAAGACGAAGCUUGAUGCUGUCAUUGAGUUUGGAAUUGAAGACAAGUUGUUAAUCAGAAGAAUUACGGGCAGAUUAAUACAUCCUAGCAGUGGUAGAUCUUAUCACGAGGAGUUUGCUCCUCCCAAGGUUCCAAUGAAGGAUGAUAUUACUGGAGAACCUUUAAUCAAGAGAUCUGAUGAUAAUGAAGAAGCUCUGAAGAAACGAUUAGCAACAUAUCAUACACAGACUGCACCGUUAGUUGAUUAUUACGCUUUACAAGGAAUUCAUUAUUAUGUUAAUGCAGCCCAGUCUGCUGACAAAGUUUUCAAGAACAUUGAUCAAAUUUUUCUGACUGCUACUAAAAAGAAGAGCUUUUUUAGCAUUUUUUCAGGAUUUUUCUAAAAAAUUUAGAAAUACUUUCUCAAACAUUCUUUUUUUUAUAAUUUUUUUUAAAAGAAAAAAUUGUAGAAGUUCAUUAAUUUUGUAAUAACAGUUCAAUUAUGUAACGCUUACAUUGAUUGAGAGCAAUCUGUAUUUUGAAAUUCAAUAAUAUGAACGUCACAUUUACAAAGAUCGUUUUAAGCGAUAUACAUUGUAGGUAUAUAAUAUUUUUUAGAAAGAUCCGAAGAGCCACUAAGGAUCUAAUGCACACAAUUGAUGAAUAUGUUGAGGAGAUAAGACUACACAAUGUACAUGUAACGCUGAUUAUAUAUUAGCGUUAGUAAAAGAAACUAACACAUAUUGUACAUAACCACGCGAAAAGUAUUCAACUUUGUUAUUACUGUUAUAUUUUUUUAUACAGUAUUGUUUAUAUCUAACUGGACAUUAUCAAGAGACUUUGCUUGAUAAGAGACGUAUCUUGAUUCAAUUUUAUUUUCUUUUUUGGCAAAUUUAAUGAAUCUAAAAUACAUGUAAAAUUGCAGUGUUUUUUUUAUCAUUCACAUAUGCGCACAUUUUCAGCAUUAUAUCGCUCUUAGACCAUGAUUUGUGCUCAUGCUUUGCAUUUAAUUCCAAAUGUUUAUUCUGAUUUAUGUUUUUCAUGAAGAUUGGAUGCAAAAUUAAAAAUAUUUGUAUUUUUUAUUUUAUAUUUGACAAUGUGUUAUAAUUAUUACGAGAUAAAUCUCAAAUUAAUUAUAAUUCUUGUACUGAGAAUAGUAGUAUCUGCCACACACAUUUAACAUUAAAUGUGGAGUUUAAAUGUAGAAUUACAAGAUUAUAUAAUGAUUGUAUUUCUCA